UACAUUUUUACAGAAUCAAGUUGAAAAAAAAAACAUUUUUAUAUAAUUACUUAGUUUAUAUAUUAGAAGAUAUCGAUUUAUGACGUAUAUGAUGAAACACUAUAUAUAUGUAUGCACAUAUUUGUACAUGACAGAUAAUUAUUUUCUGAUGCAAAUGUCAUAAUAUUAAUUAUAAACAUAACAUAUUUACAUCAUUAUGCAAAUUAGUAAAAUGUUACCGUAAUAUCUGUGCUAUGUAUAAUAUAAACGAAUAAUAUUUAAUUUAAAUGUCAACUUAUAAAAUUUCGUCUAAAUAUCGAUAAUCGAUUAGUCGAAAUUCGAAAAUAUCAAAUUGAUUGGUUCUAUAAAAUAUCGAAUUAUCACAAUCGCAUACGAUACUUCAUAUUUAUGUUUCGAAUUUUUAUUUUUCUAACUCUAUAAUGUACUUAUAAAUAUACUAAAUACCGUGAAGAAUAAAUUAUUUCUUAAAAGAUAAAAAAUAAAAAAUACGUAAUGCAAGUGUAUAAAAUCUAAUUGAAUUAGAUAAGAUUUGAUCAUCGUUCACUUUUAUCCGACAAAACAUUGAGAACAGUUGUAUUAAAAAACUAAAUGUGUUAUCGCUUCGUAUAUUAUAUUGUAUUGACAAAUGAAUAGCUACAUUUGUAAUAAAUGUUAUUCUACGAAAAGCAGAAGAAAGAAACCAUUUAGAAUAACUCAAUGCGGGCACAUAUUUUGUGAUAAUUGCUUAGACGAAGGUAUUAGACCUUGUCCAAGAUGUAAUAAUGGAGAAAUUGCAUCGUUGCAAUUGGAAGAACCGUUAUUACCUAAAGUAGCAUCUUUGUUUAUUCCACUAAAUGAAGCCAUACAACCAUUACCUGAAAUAGCAAAUUUCCAAAGUGCACAAACUAAAAUUAUUCUAAGUCGUUUUUAUCAAAUUGAUAGAAAGUAUAACUUAUUGAAGGAAGAAUAUCGUAAACUCGCACAAAAUAUGCAAAUAAUAACUGAAAAGUAUCGCAAACUUCGAGAAAAUAUGGAAACAAUAAAUAUGAAAUUUGCAUAUCCUGGUAAUGUAAUCUCUGAUAAUUCAUCUACCUUUAAUCGUAGAGAGAUACUUAUCGAUGCAAGAAGAAUGCACAUUGAUAGUUUUACCCCAAAUUCGAGAUCAUACAACAAGACUGUAAGAUUCACUCCAUCAACGAAUCAAAGCAUAUACGAGAAACUUCGUAAAGCUACAAUUUCGUCAAAUGCACCAACAAUUCGUUAUUACAAUACGUACUCAAUCGAUAAUCACAAAUGAUUAAUGAAUGAAACAAAUGGACUAUCUUAUAAUAGUAAAUGUAUCAAAUAUAAGUUAAGCUUUUUCUAAUUGUAAAUAAA